AUGGGUCUCACAUUCUCGAAGUUGUUUGAUAAGCUCUGGGGAAAGAAGGAGAUGAGAAUUUUGAUGGUUGGUUUGGAUGCUGCCGGAAAGACCACAAUUCUCUACAAGCUCAAGCUUGGUGAGAUUGUCACAACCAUUCCAACAAUCGGUUUCAACGUCGAGACGGUCGAGUACAAGAACAUUCAAUUCACCGUAUGGGAUGUUGGUGGACAAGACAAGAUCCGUCCUCUGUGGAGACAUUACUUCCAGAACACCCAGGGUAUCAUCUUUGUCGUCGAUUCCAACGAUCGUGACCGUGUUGUUGAGGCUCGCGAGGAGUUGCAACGUAUGUUGAACGAGGACGAGCUCAGAGAUGCCAUCCUCUUGGUAUUCGCCAACAAGCAAGAUUUGCCAAAUGCCAUGAACGCCGCCGAGAUCACAGACAAGUUGGGCCUCCACAGCUUGAGACAACGCGCCUGGUACAUCCAAUCCACCUGCGCUACCUCUGGAGAUGGUCUUUACGAGGGUUUGGAGUGGCUCGCACAGUCUCUCCGCAAGGCUGGUCAUCAGUAG